CUUGCAUCAGCUGGGGCUAAAAGUGUGUGUGCGACAGUGAGAGAGAGAGAGAGAGAGAGAGGAGAACUAAUUUAAUCCUAAUCAGGUCUUGGCAUUAUCUCUAACAUUGAUCAGUACACACAGCUCUUGUUCUUGUACUGCUACUAAUCUUGUAUAGGAGGAGGACUGCAGUUGCAGACUUGCAGAGCCCAAGAGAGGAGAGGAGAUUCCAAGAGAAGAGAUGAGAUCCCACGAGAUGAACAACUCUUCUUCUCGUUAUGCGUCAGAGGAGGAGCGCGGCAGCAACAGCUUCCUCAUCGAGAGCGAGGAGGAGGAGGAGGACGAGGAAGCCCACCCCCACUCCUCCAUCCUCCUCAAGGAUGCCGACUCCGACUCCGACUCCGACGACUCCUCCUGCGCUACCCCGCGCCCAAGCUCCUACGCCACCCACCAAUGGCCGCAAAGCUACAGGCAAUCAAUCGACAUUUAUAGUAGCGUGCAGUCUCCCAACCUGAGCUUUUUGGGAACUCCAACUCUAAGCAGGCUCUCCAACUCAUUCCUCACCAACUCUUUUCGUGGCAAAACCCCUGAAAUUCUCUCUAAUCUUGUCAAGCCACUUCUACGCCCAUCAUCUUCAAGCGACGACCAGCAGCAGCAGCAGCAGCAUGACGAUGAUACCCGUAAGAGUUCCCAGUACCUGCUUCCCUCAAGAAAACCGUCUUUGCAACAGAUCCCGGAGGAUCAAAAACCAUUGGUGCCGGCUCAUGAGGUGCCGGCUUAUCAACAAUGCUCCUACACCCAGGCAGUGAUGAAUGGAAUAAAUGUUCUGUGUGGUGUGGGGAUCCUAUCGACUCCAUAUGCCAUUAAACAGGGAGGCUGGCUUGGACUGGUGAUACUUUGCUUAUUUGCUGUGCUCGCUUGGUACACCGGAGUGCUCCUUCGACGUUGUCUGGACAGCAAGGAGGGUCUUGAGACAUACCCUGAUAUUGGUCAUGCCGCCUUUGGCACCACUGGACGUAUAGCAAUCUCGAUAAUCCUGUACAUCGAACUGUAUGCCUGUUGCAUUGAGUAUUUGAUAUUGGAGAGCGACAAUUUGUCAAAGUUAUUCCCCAAUGCACAUCUAACCAUUGGGAGCAUGACACUAAACUCUCAUGUGUUCUUCGCAAUCUUGACCACCCUCAUAGUCAUGCCAACCACUUGGCUCCGCGACCUUAGCUGUCUGAGUUAUCUUUCAGCUGGGGGUGUCAUUGCAUCAAUCCUUGUAGUUGUCUGCCUAUGCUGGGUUGGGGUUGUUGACCAUGUUGGUUUUGAGAACAAAGGGACUGCACUGAAUCUCCCAGGAAUUCCCAUCGCAAUUGGACUGUAUGGUUAUUGCUACUCAGGACAUGGUGUGUUCCCGAACAUCUAUUCUUCUCUGAAGAAUCGCAACCAGUUUCCUUCUAUUCUUUUCACUUGUAUUGGGUUGUCCUCAAUUUUGUUUGCCGGUGCUGCUGUGAUGGGAUAUAAGAUGUUUGGUGAGUCCACUGAAUCUCAGUUCACGCUGAACUUACCAGAGAAUUUGGUGGUUUCAAAGGUUGCUGUCUGGACCACGGUGGCAAAUCCAAUAACCAAAUAUGCAUUGACCAUAACCCCAUUGGCUAUGAGUUUGGAAGAAUUGCUGCCUCCAAAUCAGCAGAAGUAUGCGAACAUAAUCAUGCUUAGAUCCUCCCUGGUGGUCUCAACCCUCCUCAUUGCUCUAUCUGUCCCCUUCUUUGCUUUGACAGGGCUAGUUAUGGCGUUGGUUGGUUCUUUACUCACCAUGCUUGUGACCUACAUCCUUCCAUGCGCCUGUUUCUUGGCCAUCCUUAAGAGAAAAGUGACUUGGCAUCAGAUUGCAGCUUGCUCAUUCAUCAUCGUGGUAGGGGUUUGCUGCGCUUGCGUGGGGACAUACUCAUCCCUCUCCAAGAUUAUCCAGAACUACACCUGACCUGAGUGGCCAGCUGAGGAACGGAGCACUAGCUGCUUAUGUAGUAAUAAGAAAAUAAUUAAUCAUCCUUCUAUAGCCCUGCACAUACCGGAACAAAGUUUUGCCCGGGAACUGGAGUCGACUUGAUCAAUUAUAUAUGUAUAAUAUAAUUAGUUUGGAUCGUUUGUUUAAUUUGUGGCAACUCCAGGCAUGUUAAUGUAUAAUUAACGAUAAAAACACCACAGUACCACAUAGUGGAGUUUUGUUAAUGAUAAAAAUAAAUAAUGCUAUACAUGGUGUAUGAUCGAUAUUACAGACCAAUAUAAAUCGAGUUGUUGCCA